AACAGGUUUUUCAGACCUCGUCUGUUCCCCCCCAAGUCGGGGGGGGUCAAGGCCGGGCGAGGCUGGCCGGAACGUGCCCCGCCGCCAGCCGGGCGAGGAUGCGGCGUUUCCUGAGCAGAAAGGGCCGCUUCUCCCUGCGCCAGAGCAAGUCUGGAGCCCGGAGCGCCUCCAAGGACUUUUUUCUGGGCCUCCCCGCUACCAAUCAGAACUGGCCCGAAGCUUUCGGGUUCCGACUGGGCGGCGCCGGGCCCAGCUACAUUCUGUCCGUGGCGGAGGGGAGCAGCGCCUUCCUGGCGGGCCUGCAACCGGGUGACCAGGUGGUGGACAUCGAGGGCCAGGACGUGACCGACCUCAGCACCCCGGCGCUCGUCGCUCUGGCCCAGACCCUCAAGACGGUUCCGCCCAGCAUCGGCGUGGUGUCCCGCAUUGAACAGAUCAACAUCACUCCCGGUGCGGACGGUCGCUUCGGCUUCACGGUGGUGGGCGACAGCCCCCUGAUGGUGGAGGACUGCGAGGCCGACGGCGCCGCCGCUCGAGGCGGCCUGAAGGCGAGGGACUACGUGAUGGAGGUCAACGGCGUCCCGGUCAAGCGUCACGAGACGGCCGCCGCCGCCAUCAAGGCGGCGCGAGGUCGUCCGCUGCGGCUGGGGGUGCUCAGAGUGGCGGCGCGGCGACCCAAGAGGCUGAGCAGCAGCAUGAGGGUCCUCUCGCAGACCGGAGACAGCGUCAGGGAUAGUCGGGCCCACAAGGCCAUGGAGUUCAACAAGAAGGUGGAGGACGUUCUGGGCUCGGAGCCCGACGCCAAGGAGCGGCUGUUCGACGCCUUGAAGCGCUACGCCGUCGACCGCGACGUGGAGACUCUCGCCGAGGCCCUGCCGGACAUCCUGGCGAGCGAAGAGCAUCGGCAGCUCGUCGAAAGUGUCAGGAUCUUCAUUCCCAAGAAGCACCGGGAGCGUUUCGACGAGGUGGUUUCCCAGAGCCUGAUGAGUCGUUUGAAGGGGGGGCGGAGCUUCAGCGACCCCAGCCGCAGCCACCUGCGCCGCAGCCGCAGCGAGGACCACCCCGAGCACCUGCCGCCGGUCUCCGCGCGCGCCAGUUCCGUGCCGCGCACCCACGCGGAGGAAGGCUCCGCCCCUCCGUCCCGCGGGAUGAGAAAGACCACGUCUUUGAUCGCCGGACACUCGGGCGGCUCCGCUACAAACUGCAGGUCAACCAACAGCAAGCCUUUUUUUUUUUUGUCUGUCAAAGUUUGAACAUGCGCCGUACUUCUCUUUAGGACGGUACGAGUGUGCAAGGGCAACAUGAGCUUCGGUUUCACUCUCCGAGGUCACGCUCCUGUGUGGAUCGAUUCAGUCAUCCCUGGGAGCGCAGCGGACAAGGCGGGCCUAAAACCGGGAGACCGCAUCAUGUUUCUCAACGGACUGGAUAUGAGGACCUCCUCCCACGAGAAGGUGGUGUCCAUGCUGCAGGGAAGCGGCGCCGUGCCCACCCUGGUGGUGGAGGACGGCCCGCCCUGCUUGGACACGUCGGAGCGGGACGUUCCCCCGGAUCGCGCUCGCUCCCCGGCGCUCAGCUCCCUGCAGUGGGUUGCCGAGAUCCUUCCGCCGAGCAUCCGAGUCCAGGGCCGCACCUUCGGGCAGCAGCUGGAGCACCUGCUGACCAUCCAAGAGAGAUACACCAUCUGCAAAGCUCUGGAGAACUUCUUUCAGCACAGGUGGGCGAGCCCAGCCAAAUGGAAUAGCACGCGUUUCCAACUGAGCUCUUUCAGGAACGUGGACACGCUGAUCGUGGACGUCUUCCCGGUGCUUGAUACGCCGGCCAAACAGGUGAUCUGGCAGUUUGUUUACCAGCUGCUGACGUAUGAAGAGCAAGAACACUGCCAGGACAAAAUUUCCCGCUUUCUAGGAUUCAAAGCGCCAGUUCCCUCCGCUCCUCAAGAGCCCGCCGAGGUGGCCCCCGAGCCCCAUCGCCGUAGCAGCUCCGUGAGGGUGACGGGCACCGCGUACAGGAGCAGUGUGAGGGGCCGGAGCUCAGAUGACCUGAUCAUUGGCACGCACUUGGGCAUGGGUUUCCGUGCAGACUCGCUAUUGGAGGCAGGAAUGAGGUUAACUCCAGGAGAAAGACAGUCUGGGGAUGGUACCUCGCUCCCCGAGACUCCAAACAACCUCACAAAUCUAUCGGCCGUGUACGCCGAACUGGAGAACAUGUACUCGGCCAAGAGGUCCAAGUCCCUGAAGACCCGCGCUCCUCCCGCCCCUGAGACUUUGCUGGAUAUGGAAGUUGGCCCGGCCUCGCGCGCCGCUUCCCCAACGUCGCCCGCUAUUGCAGGUGGCGGUAAAGGCCCUCCGCCUGCUCUAACCUGGCCAGAACCUCUCCCGAGUCCCCCGCCUUCCCAGAUGUACCCAUCAGCCCUGACGAGUCAGAACAGCGGGGAAUCCAACCCCUACAUGAGCCUGGACAGCCCGUCGGCAUCCCCGCCGGAAUAUCCCUCGAGUCCUCCGCCGCCGCGUGCCGGCAAACGUCGAUAUACUUUCUCCAAGCCGCCGCGGUCCGAAGACACAGAUCGUUUUCUGGACGCGCUGAGCGAGCAGCUGGGCCAGCGAGUUGCAAUAGUGGAUGACUUCCUGACGCCUGAAAAUGACUACGAAGAGGAUGUUUGUCAGAUGGCGUUGGCAGACGAUGAUGAUGAUGAUGAUGAUGAUAACGAUGAAGAGUUAGGGGCGGACGAAGAAGAAAGCGGAGGAUUUGCGGGUCCGGAGCUGAGCAGCCCGAGUGACAUCCAGAGUAGCAGCGGGGACGAUAACGCUUCCUCCCUCACCUAUUCCUCCUCUUCUGACCACAUCCCUCCACCGCCCAUGAGCCCUCCUCCGCCUCCGCCCGUUCAGUUCGACGAUUUGCCGGCUCCUCCGCCGCCUCCGUCUGCUCCCCCUCAAGCGCAAGGACUGCUUAGCUACACCCCUGAACACUCGCCAAGAGCUUACGUGCCCAUCCGCCGGAAAUCCGGACCGCCUCCCCCGCCUCCGCCCCGCGGCGAUCCGCCCCCCAAACGACACUCCUUGCAUAAAGUUCUUCCCGCGAAAGAGGAGCUACAGGUCCAGGCUGCCGUAAAAGAGCUGAAGGCCUAUCAAGAGCAGCAGUCUUACCGGAGAAGACCCUCCUAUGAGGAGCGACAAGCGUACGAAGAGCUGAUGGCCUUUGAGGAACAGAGGGCUUUCCAGGAGCAGCAGUCUUAUCAGGAGCAAAUGUUCAAGGAGAGACAAGCCUACGAGGAGCAAAAGGUUUUCCAGGAGCUGAAAGCGUUUGAAGAGCAAAUGCUGAAGGAACAAAAAGCCUUCCAAGAAAGACAAGAGCAAGCCUUCCAGGAACAAGAGGCUUACGAGGAGCAACUGAUGCAACAGAUCUACCAGAGCCACCACUCCAUGCCAACCCAGCCCACCCAGCAGAAAGCCCACUCGCCAUUGCCGCCGCUCCAGCAGCUCCACCAGUCCCUACCGCUGCUCCCCGCGCCAGAAUUCCUCAAUCACUCUAGUCAUCCUGUUUAUGCGAUGCGAGAAACGCAACAGCAGCAGCUGCCGCUGCCGCCUCACCAGGGCCACUACCACCCACGCCUGUCCCGUUCGGCCCCGCCUCCGCAUCGCCCGCCGCCUCUCCCCACGGUCGACCCGUGUGAGCAGUAUUACGAGGGCGUUUACCAAGGCCACCAAAGCCCCGGGUCCCAGGCUCACCAUUCUUCGGCCGAGAUGCUCCACCGUCCCUCGGCCGAGGCGCUCCUCCGGUUGCGACGGGCGCAGCAGGUCCACCAAGGGGAGAUGUUUCAGCAACCCGCCACCCAUUAUUCGUCGGCGGAAAUCUUCCCCCAAAUAGAGCAGUCCAAGAUGCACUGUUGCUCAAGUGAACUCCUCCAUCAAGCUCACCAAAUGUUGCAGAGACCGCCUCACCACUCGUCCACAGAACUUCUCCACCACCACUCGCCUACCGACCCGCUCCAUCAGCUCCGCCGCUCCUCCGCCGAGCUUCUACACCAGUCCCAUCAAACGCACCGGGAGAAACCCCGUCAUCACUCCUCGACCGAGCUGCUGCAUCAAAUCCAGCGAGAGGCGACCUCGCAAAUGAACCGGGAUGGCCAGAGCCGCAGGAGUCUUAAAAGUCAGAGCCAAGCGUCUUCACAAGGGCAGACGCCCGUCAAGCCGUCCCCCCAGAGGCCCCGUUCAAUUCAGCAGGCUCAGCGGCACUCGGGAACCCCUCGCAUUCACCAUAUCCACCAUAUGACCCCGCAACCUCUACCGCAGGACUACCGCCACCAGAUUCACGUGAUCCAUCCGCCCCAGCGACCCCAGAGAUCCCAGCCGCUCCUGUCGACGUUCCAGCCUCUGCGCCCCCCCGCGCCGUCCGCCGCCCAAACCGCCCGCCCCCAUUCCCAACCGUCCCAGCACUUGAUGCGGUCACAGCACGAGCCGGCGGCGAGUCCCCAGCCACGGUCGCUCCCCCAUUCUCUAUCCGACCCCGCGGAACACCGGGAGCCUCCGCCGGCGCCGCCGCUGCCUCCUCCCUGCUCUCCACCGCCCUUACCCAGGCCCACGCUCUCCAGAAUGGACUCUCAUCACUUGAGCGUCAAGAGGUUGCGCUGGGAGCAGGUGGAAAACUCGGAAGGCACCAUCUGGGGCCAGUUGGGCGCAAAUUCCGACCGCGAGAAACUGCAUGACAUGGUGAAGUAUUUGGAUCUGGAAAUGCACUUUGGGACACAGAAGGGAUCCCCGCUGGCUCCGGAGCCCUUACCGCAACUAGAAACAUUUAAGAAAAAGGACGUGAUUGAAAUUCUGUCCCAUAAGAAGGCCUACAAUGCAUCCAUUUUGAUAGCCCACCUGAAGCUGUCCCCCGGUGAGCUGCGUCAGGCGCUGAUGUGCACGAGCUCCGACAAACUAGAGCCGUCUCACAUCCAGCAGCUGCUGCUGUACGCCCCCGACGCAGAAGAGGUCCAAAAAUAUCAAGAGUACAGAGAUGACCCCGGUAAACUCAGCGAGCCGGACCAGUUUGUACUGCAGAUGUUGUCAGUGCCUGAGUACAAGACACGCCUGGAAAGCCUCUUGUUCAAGUGCUCUCUGCAGGAGAAGACGGAGGAGCUGAGGGGAGCCUACCAAUGCAUUAGCAAGGCCUCCUUGGAGCUGAAGAGCAGCAAGAAACUUGCCAAGAUUUUAGAGUUUGUGUUAGCCAUGGGCAACUACUUGAAUAACAGCCUGCCUAAAGCCAACAAGACGACCGGCUUCAAGAUCAACUUCCUGACAGAGUUGAGUACAACAAAGACAGUGGACGGGAAGUCCACAUUCCUGCACAUUCUUGUCAAGUCAUUGUGCCAUCACUUUCCCCAUGUGCUGGAUUUUUCUAAAGAUCUCACCAUGGUUCCGCUGGCAGCCAAAGUCAACCAGAGGACCGUCGCAUCGGAUGUGAAGGACCUCCACAGAAGCAUCCAGAACAUCCGCGCAGCCUGUCAGAAAAUGCCCGCGACGGCUGAGGACCGCUUCGCCACUGUCAUGAGUACUUUUUUGGAAAACAGCCAUCCGUCGGUGCAGUCUCUGGAGUCUCUCCAGCAGAGCUCCAUGGAAGAGUUUUCCGCAACGGCCUCCUACUUCGGCGAGGACGGCAAAAGCACCGACACGGAGGCCUUCUUCGGCAUAUUUGCCGAGUUCAUCGACAAGUUUGAGAGAGUUCUCAGUGAUCAGCAGGCGGCCGAGAAGAGUCCCAGAAGUCCUCGAUUGGCCUCCCCGCUAGGCUGGUAGCUCCGGGCCACCUGACGUGCCAAUAUACUGUAUGAGCACACGCUUUAUCAAUAGUACAAAUAGAAUUGUUCAAUUAGUGAUAUACUGUAGAGGCAUGACAUUUAUGAGAAUCUAUGUGCUUUAUUGAAAUAACUGCCCAAAGGAAAAAAAUCCUUAUUUAUCUUAAACCUUAAUAUAUUUAAGCAUCAAAAAUCAAUAUUUUAAAAGUUAUGGCUUAUGGAUUUUAGACUAAUUUGAUUUUCUCUUUCGCCAGUGGUAUUUCAGGCCUCUGAAUAGCGUGCAAUGCAGUGUUAAAUAUCAGCGAGGUGUAGCAUCAUUUACAACUUGAUACCACAAAUGGAAUGAAUCGGAAGUCCUUGUUUAAAAGUAGCUUUUCCAUGUAUUUCUUUAGCAGCCCACCCACCACACCGAAUGUACGCAAUAUUACUUAAAUAAGUGUUACUUACUUCUAUUGUUUUGACAGACGGAUGGCUUCAAUGUUUUGUCGGAGCUAUAAACGGGCAGUGUGCAAUAUUGGGAUCCGCGCACACAAUUAUGAGGAUCCAGAAGUUAGCGCUUUCAUUUAUGAUGAAAAAAUAGUGGCUUUGGAUGUAGUAGCUGCUGUCUGCCAUGUACUGCAAAGCAGCUCCUCUGGCUUGUAGAACAAAUGUGAAAUAAGACAAAACAGUUGACGUAUUUAGUUUGAUUGCGAUUGUGACAGUAAGUUGAAAAUGAACGGUUGUUCAACUUGCAAAAUGUGAAUGAAUGAAAAGGGAAUGUUUUCAGAGUCAGAAAAUGAAGAUUUGCUCCUUCAUUUAAAUUGCUGUUUGUCGUGUCGUGAGCUUUUCCAUAUUAUUCUCAUAAACCCCAGUGUCAAUCUCACCAUUUGAUGACUACAAUUCAAUAAAACUCAUUUGGUACCAAACAUCAUUCCCUUCUGUUCUAUGGCUACAAUAACAGAGAACCUACUGCAGUGGUAUGAAAAGAAUAUCUGAACCUUUUGGAAUUUCUCGCAUUUCUGCAUAAAAACACCAUCAAAUGUGAGCUGAUCUUUGUCAAAAUCACACAGAUUUGAAAAAAUCAUUUAAUUGAAACAUUUAUAGCUUUUCAUAUUUUAAUGGGGAUAGCAUGCAAACAAUGACAAAAGAGGUCAAAUAAGUAAGUGAAACCUCUGCCUAAGGAGACUUCAAGAGCAAUUGAAACCAUUUUUUACCAAACAAUUGAAGUCAGAUGUGUUCCCAAUCACUGAUGAGUGGCUUAAAGCUGCCCUGCCCACUAUAAAACACACACCUGGGAAGAAUUGUCUUGUUGAGAAGCAUUGUCUGAUGUGCAUCAUGUCUCGGUCAAAAGAGCUGUCUGAAGAUCGAGGAUUGUUGAUUUUUGGAGGGAGCAUCAUGAUUUGGGGCUGUUUGGCUGCCUCAGGGCCUGGAUAACUUGCAAUCAUUAAUGGAAGAAUGAAUUCAAAAGUUUUGCAGGAAAAACAGAGGGCGUCUGUCAGACAGUUGAAGCUAAAAAAGAGGAUGGAUGCGGCAACAAGACAAUGAUCCAAAACACAGAAGUGCAUCAACUUCAGAAGAACAAAAUACAAGCUAUGCUGGUCAAAGUUAUUGCUGCCAAAGGAGGGGCUACAAAAUGUUCAAUGUUCACUUCAUUAAAAUAUGAAAACCUAUAAACGUUUGGGUGGUCUGUGUUAAAGCAGACACUGUUUUUUCAUCUGUGUGAUUUUGACAAAACUCAGAUACAAUUUGAUGGUGAUUUUAUGCAGAAAUGUGAGAAAAGUUUUUCAUAACACUGUAAAUGAAAGACUGGAUUCCAUCUUUUAUCAUAAAAAAAUAAAAAUCUUGCUUCUACUCUUUUUCAUUCUUUAUUUAGGAGCAGUUGAACAUCAUCGGCAACAUUGUCUUUGGUAGUGAAAGAAUACUUCUUGAAAAAGGACUUUCCGUUUCUUUUCACUACUGCCUGAUAUGAAGUCUCUGUUCCUGGAAUUGAAUGCCUUUAUUGUCGUAGCAUAAACAUUAUUUUCCAAGUGUUCCUGUACUGAUUUUUUUUUUUUUUUGGCGCUACAGAUAAGCUGUCUCUUGAUAAUAAAUAUUCCGUAUGAUAUUGCUCUUUUCCACUUAGCUGCUGGCCUGCCGCAUUUUGUAUUAUCGCAUGAAUUUACUAUGCUCUCUAUGGUGGAGAUCUGAGAUAAGCCAUCCGAUUUACGCGUUUGUCAGGCGUUCACAUGCAUAUGUCUUCCUGAGCGUGUGUGUGUGAGCAAUAAACCUUUUGACAUCACGUGCACGUGUUGAAAGUGGAGUUUGAUCUCCAGCAUGCGCGAAAGGAGCUUCCUCCUCCCGGAGCUGCUGUUUUGAAUGUGCACGGCCAGGUGAGUUGAGUUUUCUUUUUCUCGACUUAACAAUGCCAUGACACGAGCUGUCCAUUGGGCUGUUUUGUGUUGGCUUUCGUACACGAACCGCUUGAAUCGAUAGUCCUUAGAUCCAAAAAUGUAGGUACGGUCAAUGUGAUUUUUGCUUCUUAUACAGUAUGUACUUCUAGUACUACCAUGCAGUGACAGACUUGUUUUUUUUUCUUCAAUAAAUGAAUGAAGUCAAUUACAUUUUAACCACAAUUGUUC